AUGGCACUAUCAGAUUGUUCCACAAGAAAAUAGAGGAAAAAAUAUAUGUAUGAUAUCCGCGUGACUCCAGGGAUCAAGUUACAGUUUUUUUUUAUAUUAAAAAAAUUAUUGUUUAAAUUGUUUUCGCAUUAUACAUAUAUAUAUAUAUAUAUACAUAUAACUUCAAAUUACUUUUAUUGAAAUAAUUAUGAAUAAGUGAUUCAUUUGUAAAAUUAAAUUUUUGACAUUUACUUGCAAAUUUUACUCAAUGGAUUCACGUCGCAGUCAAUUUAGUAUCGCCAAAACGAAUUAAAGAAGAUACAAAUGAAGAGCAAUGUGUAAACGGUAUACAUCUUACUGCACAUUCAUAUUAUCUACAAUAUUACGUGUGUAAAUGCAUAUAUAUGCACAUACGACCGAUUCAACGUCUCCUGUGUGUCUUACUUAACGUGUUUUUCUGGAUGAAAAAAGAUAGAAAAAUACUAGUACGUAUCGAAAUUAUCUACGUAUUUACAUUUGAGUGUUAUUACUUAUUGACAAGAAAAUUUACAGGGUUAAAUUUACGCAGAUGUUGCGUACAUACUCAUUUAUAUGUAUAUAUUGUUUUUGGACAUAUUAAUCAUUUAUUUGUUUAUUAUAUCUUGUACAUCUCGAUAUACUUUUGAGAGAUUCAUCAUCAUUUCCUAUGCUUCUAUCAUCUAUUCGUUUAUCAAUAUAUCAAACUGAAUGUGUUUACGAAUGUCCUUCGCACAUUAAAUAUAUAAUUUUUCUAUUUUAUUCUGAUAAAAAAAUAACGUUUGUAUUUCUUGUUUAUGGAUAGUUUAUUGAAUAAUCGAUAAUUAAUCAUUUAAAACAAUAUAUUGUGAAUGAUUAAAAAUCAUACAGUACUACUGUGCUAGCAUUAUUUUGUUCAUGGAUACAUUAAUAUUUUAGAACUAAAUGUAACAUAUAAUGAAGCAAUUAAACAAAUUUUUAAUAAAAUAUUAAGGUUGACAAGGCAAUUUGACAUUUUAAAACAUGAAACAGUGUUGUUUAAGCCACCAACUUCAACUGUGGCUUAUGUUUCUUGUCUUUUGUGUAAUGUGCAAUAGAGCAGAUAUUUUAGUAUUUUCUGCGGCUGCAAGACAUCAAAUUGAAGAAGAAUUUAGAGACAUGCCUGCCAGAUUUGGAGGUUUGAUACCAUCUGAAGGGAUUAAGGGGAUGGUUGUGUAUGCAGAACCACCUACAGCAUGUCAUGAAAUACAGGGUCCUCCUAAUAGUACGAGUUAUAUUGGUAAUUGGAUAUCUUUAAUUGCUCGCUAUAACUGUAGUUUUGAAAGAAAAGUACGAAUGGCUCAGAAAGCUGGUUAUGAUGCUGUAAUUAUACAUAAUGUAAACAGCAAUAAAUUAGAACCAAUGCUAGCUAAAGAUCCUACAGGAAUAAUAAUACCAUCAGUAUUUGUCAGUGAAAUUACAGGAUUGAUUAUUAAAGAAAAUUAUUUAUAUGAUGAAUUGUAUUUUGUAUUAAUCAAUGAUGACAGUCCAUUCAAUAUAACACAUUUACUUUUACCUUUUGCUAUUGUCGUAGGGAUAUGUUUUCUAAUUAUGGUUAUCUUUAUGAUUGUUAGAUGUAUUAAAGAUAGAAGAAGGCAACAAAGACAUAGAUUACCUAAUUCAAGUUUGAAAAAAAUUCCUACGCACAAGUAUACAAAAGGUGAUCCAUAUGAAACAUGUGCUAUUUGUUUAGAUGACUAUGCUGAGGGUGAAAAAUUAAGAGUUUUACCCUGUGCACAUGCAUAUCAUACAAAAUGUAUUGACCCUUGGCUAACAAAAAAUCGUAGAGUUUGUCCUGUUUGUAAGCGGAAAGUUUUUGCAGCGGACGAACAAGUUGUUACUGACGAAAGUGAUUCGGAUGCCGACGAUACGACACCUUUGAUUCGAGAAGGCCAUCAAGGUACUCAAGGUGGAACAUUUUCACGACAGAGAGAGAAUCCUUUUAAUCGUGCCAGAAGAUCGCAAACAAGACAACACGAUAUGAUUCAUUUCAAUAGUAGUUCUGAUUCUGAAGAAUUAUUAGAUACAACAGAUGAAGAAGCUAGUGUAAGUGCUGGAGAACCAUCUAGUGGCACUGUUUUCAGGCCGUUUGAUAUUCAUAGUAUUAAUGGCGAAUUACCGGACUUGGAAUGUUCUGUGAGCAGUACUAAACCACAUACAGUAAAUUUAUAUACAGAUGUUGAAGAAUUUCCAGCUCCUGUUGUUCAAAUUACAAAUUGCAAUGUACGAACAAAUUCACAAACAUCGAAUUCGGGCGGGUCUGUACCAAUCGAAAGUGAAGCUACAAAUUUUAUUAAUACAGAUUCUGAAGAGAUCAAUAUUCAUGUAUAAAAUUCGGUUAUAUCUAUUUUUUAUUAUAUAUCUAUAUAAUCAAUAAGAUUGAUAUGUUCUUUUAAGACAUUACAAAAUCUGAUAUAGACUGUUAAUAAUUCAUAACUAUACAAAAAAAAAGGCAUUUUGAAUGCUUUAAGAGCUUCAUCUUUUAUUUUAAAGAACGAAAAAAAUAUCAUUAUUUCUUCUCUAUUAAUUAUACAAUAGUUUUCAUCGCAAAUUUAAAUUUAUUUCAUUUGUCUAAUAUUAGGAUGUCCCAUAAGUUUUUUUUUUUUUUUUUUUUUUUUUUGAUGAAAUAAAUACAUGAUAUUUGUUAUUUAAGGUUAAUUUAUUGCUUAUAUAUGAAUUGCUCUAUUACUUUCUUCCAUCUCUCAGAAAGCCUCAUUCCCUUUUUGCAAAAUUGUUGGGGUUUAUUUUCAAAAUAUUACUUGAGAUACCUUUUUAUUUCGCUUACGAAUUGGAAUCAUUUAUCAUGAAGAGAAUUUUUUUAGCGAGUACAGAAAAUACGAUAGAAUGUCCCAAUCAAUCUGUAACAGCUUUUCUCUUACAAUCAACAUGCGGUUUUGCAUUGUCGUGAUGUCUUCAUCGCUAAUUUUGGCCGUUUUUUUGCUAUGGCAUCUUUUAAUUUAUCAAGCUGAUUGCAAUAUUUUCCAGAAUUGAUGGUUUCACCUUUAGAAAGAAGCUCAUGAUAAACUACACUUUUCCAAUCUCAUCAAAUGCAUAAAAGAAUUCGGAUGAAAUCCAGGCUUUGCAACAGUUGAAGGUCUAUUGUUCUUAAAUCAAGUACAUUCUCGAUACACCUUUUGAUAGAAAAUCUAAGUCUCAUUUCCAGUGAUAAUAUAAGUCUUUUUAAAAAAAGAUCUCUUUCAUAUUGUUGGAAAAGGAAAUCGCACGUAAAGACGCGGUUCAUAAAGUCGGUUUCCGACAAUAGCUGUGGAACUCAAACUUCACAUCGAUUGACAUAUCCUAUCUUAGUCAGGUGAUUAUCUACCGUUUUUCUGGAAAUGUUAGUGGCAUCUAUUCUUCUUGCAUACUAUAUCGGAUUUUCAGCGAGCAUAAUAAAAUCUAUAUUCGUCGUUGCUGGGCUAAAUCUCUUAAACCAAUCGCAGAUGAUCCUAAUAGUUGUAAUACUACUCUUGUAAACAGUACAAAUCUCAUCUGCAUUUGUACUAUCAUUUUUUUUUAAAUAAUAAAACAUAACAAAUGUUUCCUUUGGUUAUUCAUAUUGAACGGUGUAGAAAAAAGUUUUAAAAAAGACUAUAUCACCAAUGAAACGUAUUUUAAAAGAGCUUUGGGAUGACUGAAACCGAUGCCAUAAAUGUUUGCAUAUAAAAAUAACCAGUUAAAGUCAUUCCUAGCAUGGUGCGAAAGAAACUUAUGGGAUACCCUAAUAUUUACUGUUUUUUCAAGCAUUUUUUUUAUUAUAAAUUUUAUAUAUAGAUAAAUGAAAAUUUCUUCUUAAAAAUUUGCCAUUAUUUUAAUAAUAAGAAUCAUUGUUAUCUUUAGCUUGUUUUAAUUAAAAUUUAUUUUA